AUGCAAGAUAAAUGUUUCGAUUUCUUUAAACAACAUGAAGAUUCCAAUCCUGAUUGGAGUUUCCCAUUCCAUGAUAAAGAGGAUGCCAAAUAUGACAAAGGAGUUGACAACAAGCAACAUUUCUUUAAAGAUCAAAUCCAUAAAUUAACUGUCCAGAAACGUCGUACUGGUAACCGAGAAUUCAUAGUUCAACAAUCAGAUUUAAAAGAAAUAAAUUCAAAAUAUGAAUCCUCAUUAGCUCAAAGUAAACUGGUAUUGAAGAGUAUGGCUGAUACUAUCUCAGUUAUGAGAGUAUAUGGUAAAUGUUUCAUCCAAAGUAUUCAACCAGGAGAGAAGACUGGUGAAUAUCAUGAAUUAAAUAAUAGAUUCACUCACAAGCUUUUCCCUUAUUUAACUGGGAAACUUCCAAUCUUUCAAUCUAUAGAUGAAGAAAAUCCAAUUUCAAAAGAUACUUACCCAGUAUUAAUGGAUUCAAGAAAUAACUUCAUGACAAAGACCAAACCCAAUACUGAUAAUAUUAUCGAAUUCAUAUCCAAUAAUCUAAACGGAAAAGGUAUUGUCAUAGCAGCUGGUGGGCUUCAUUUAAAAGAUUUAUUAAGAUUAAUCAAAAUAUUACGUGCCCUAAAUAAUAAACUCCCAAUUCAAAUCAUGCAUAUUGGAGAACUAAAGAAAGCAAAAAUUGAUUAUAUAAGAAGUGCCGCAACCGCUCCUCCAGAACAAAUAUUUAAACUUAGUAACUCGGAACAUUCUUCUUAUUUACCUGAACUUAAUCUUUUGGAAAGAUAUCGUGAAUUUGGUUCCGAAUUCCCCAAACAAGAAAUUCAAAUUGUUAAUUUGGCCAAAACCAUUGAUCACAGCAAAAUCAGAGCUUUUACAGGAUAUUCCACCAGAUUAUUAGCACUCUUGUUUUCAUCAUUCAAAGAAGUGGUGUUAUUAGAUGCAGAUACAGUCCCCUUGGUACCCAUUGAACAAUUCUUCCAAUCAAAACAAUAUCAAUCUUCAGGCACAUAUUUCUUCCGUGAUCGUUCAUUACGUGAUUAUAAUGAUUUCAUAGAAACAAACUAUUUCUCCACUUUAUUCCCCACCAAUGAAAAAUCAAUCGAAACCUUAUUCGACAUCCCCAGAAUCACAUCCAAAACAUUAGAUAAUGUAUAUAUGACCGGUUGGAGACAUUUCCAAGAAGCAGGAGUGGUAGUCAUAAACAAAAAACAACAUUUCUUGGGAAUACUUAUGACCCUACCUUUGGUCAUGUGGAAAGAACCCGUGAAUUCAAGUAUAUGGGGUGAUAAAGAAAUGUAUUGGCUUGGACUUGCCAUGGCCGGUGAUGAAAACUAUGAAUUCAACCCCUUGGCAGCUGCUGCGGUUGGAUCGGUGACUAAUGACCCAAGUCGGAAAUUAUACACCAAUACACCCGCCAAUGAAGUUUGUUCCACUCAUCCUGGACAUGUGGAUGAUCAAGGUAGGUUAUUAUGGAUUAAUUCUGGGUUUUCGUAUUGUAAGAAAAAUGGGUAUUUUAAAGAUAAGAAUAAUUAUCCAUUUAAAAAUUUUGAUAUUACUGAACUUUCUGAAUUAUAUCUGGCUCCAUUACGUAUUCGAGCCGCGAUAGUGCCACCGGAUUUACCUAAUUUUAGAAAACCGGGUAGUCCCACCAAUCCAAAAGUGGAGAAUAAUUUCCGAAAAUCCUGGGAAUGGAGACCGAAGGAUAUUGAUGAAAUUAAUGAGAAUAUAAAGAAUGGGGAUGUGAGAUAUGAUUUUAUUUCUCAUUGGGGGCCUCAGAAGGGGUGGAUUAAGAGUGAUAUAUGUAAUGGAUAUUAUUAUUGUGCGUAUGAUUCAGUAGCGAGUUAUUCGGCAUCGGAGAAAUAUGAUAAAGGGAAAUUAUUCGAGUUUGGAAAAGAAGAAGUGAAGUUGUAUGAUUAUUUGAGUAAGAUUUGGCAUACUGGAGGAAAUAGAAAGGUUUAUACAGAUGGUUAG